UUGUCUUCUUCCUUCACCUAAAUGUUGUUAUAUGGGAAGCGGGGAUUAGGCAGUUCAUUGAGUCUCGUUGUGUGAGCAGUGAUUUAGCAGCAGCAUCAACGAGGUAGGCAGGCAGGCAGGCACAGCUGGAGACCACAUGCAUGUCAGCGGAGAGAGAGGGAGAGACUGUCUCGUCUGCUCUUGUAUGCCGUACAGCGGCAGUGCUUCUUCUGUACUGUAUUUGUCACAGAGAGGCAGAGUCAAGCUCCUCGUCUAAGCAACGGAUGGCGAUGGACUGCUGAUUUACCAGCCCUCUUCCUUUCCUGUUACCGUUGGUGGAUAAGCGACAACGACAGAUCCAUCCCUCUGUGGAGGACGGAGGAGUGGGGAGGCAGGAAGACGAUGCAGUCUCACUCAGUCAGCCAAUAGCAAGUAGGACUCUGGAAUCUGCACACUUCAGUGUUCUGUACCGAUCACGGGCUGUAAAAUGCCUGAUCACUACCGGAUCAUUUCUAUGGAAAAGGGGCUUCGUUUGUUUGGAGUCUGUGCAUACUGAUGUAUGACCUGUGCACCAGGCCCGAGCAGCCACCGGAACCCGAACCGGAGCAGCCACCGGAACCCGAACCGGAGCAGCCACCGGAACCCGAACCGGAGCAGCCUGUGUCUACAGCGGAUACAGAGGAUAUGGAAGGGAGAUGCCGUGGAGAGGCUGAGGCCCCAGGACAGCAGAACCGAAUACAGCAGGACAGGGAUACUAACACAGAGGAGCAUGGUAAUACUAUUACUACUACCAAUGGGGACUCAAUGGACAAGGCAAAUCUAGACACUACCUCUACCACUGUUACUACCCCUGUGACACCCAAGAGGCACAACUCACUUUACAAGGACCUCAACGACUGCGAGGUGGGAGGGUUUCGCAAGAAUGGCACUGACUAUGGCUUCCUGGUGCGUCAGAACUCAGAACUGCUGCGAUCUCUGGAUGAGAUGGAGAAGACCUGCAACCACCUGAGAGAGGAGAACGGCCUACUGCGUAAGAGCAGCGCCCCGGAGACGGAGGAGAAGGUGAAGCGUUUGAGGAGGAAGAACAUAGAGCUGGCUGUCAUCGCUAGGAGGCUGGAGGACAGAGCACACAAACUACAGGAGGCUAACCUCAAAGUGGUGAAUGCCCCAGCUCCGGUGGAGCUGUACAAGCGGGCGUUCGCCCGUCAACGAGCCCGUGACCUGGCGCAGCACGCAGACACAUUGCUCUCCAAGGACAAGGAGAUCGCCGCCCUGCAGCAGGAGUGUAGGGAGAUGGAGACGCGCUUGGGCACAGCCAAGGGCUCCCCAGUCCCGUCUGGCGUAGUGGAGUUUGAGAGGCUGCUAAGGGAGUCCCAGAAGGAGGUGCUGAGGCUUCAGAGGCAACUGUCAAUCUCCUCCUCCAGAGUCAUCUCCUCCAGAGUCAUCUCCCCUAAAGACACUUCCUGUAAAGACACUUCCUGUGAAGACACCUCUUUCAGAGUCACCUCCCCUAAAGACAUCUCCUCCAGAGUCAUCUCCCCUAAAGACACUUCCUGUAUAGACACCUCCUCCAGAGUGACAUCCUGUAAAGACACCUGCUGUAAAGACACCUCCUCCAGAGUCACAUCCUCUAAAGACACCUCCUCCAGAGUCACCUCCUAUAAAGACACCUCCUGUAAAGACACCUCCGGGAAAGACACCUCCAGAGUCACUUCCUCUAAAGACACCUCCUCCAGAGUCACCUCCCCUAAAGACACCUCCUCCAGAGUCACCUCCCCUAAAGACACCUCCUCCAGAGUCACCUCCCCUAAAGACCCCUCCUCCAGAGUCACCUUCCUUAAAGACGCCUCCUGGAAAGACACCUCCUCUAAAGACGCCUAUUGCAGAGUCGCCUCUUGUAAAGACACCUCCUGUAAAGACACCUCCUGUAAAGACACCUCCUGUAAAGACACCUCCUGUAAAGACACCUCCUGUAAAGACACCUCCUGUAAAGAGCCCUCCGGCAGGAAACACAACGGACACGAAAGGCCCUGCAUAACAAAGGAGGUUGCAGCAGAGACCCAAUUCUUGGCGUUAAAUGAGACUCCAGCCAGGUGUGAGGAGACUCCCAGAGAGGAGGAGGGGCCACGAGUGAUCCCAACUCCGCCGGGGCCCGCCCCCACCCCGAGCCACUCCCACCAGAAGGAGCACGCAGAAGAUCAAAGACUACAGUUGCUGGAAUGUGAGCUGAGCAAGAAGAGAAAAGAAUGUGAAAACUUGGAACAUGAAGUUAGGAAGAGACAGAAGGGAUGUCUGGAUUUGGAGAGCCAGCUUGAGGAUGAGCGAGGCAAAAAUGAGCAUCUAGAGGAGGAGGCAGAUCUCCUCAGGAGGAAGGCACAGCUGCUCGAUCAGACCUGGGUUGAGAAUGAGGAGCUGAGAGAACACCUCUCUGAAGUGACCGCUCAACGUGAUUCAGGUCUCAAGGAGAACCAGAGACUCCGUGUCAAACUGGAGAACCUGGAGCAGGUCCUAAAGCAUAUGCGAGAGGUCGCCGAGCGCAGGCAGCAGCUGGAACUGGAACAUGAGCAGGCACUGGCUAUCCUCAAGUUCAAACAGAAUGAGAUCAAACGACUACAGCGGGCGGAGUUUUUUGCCAAGAGGGAGCAUGAGGGAGUGGUACAGAUGCUGGAGUCUAAGGUGCGGGAGUUGGAGAAUAAGUGUCACAGCCAGAGUGAACAGUUCAGCCUGCUCAGCCAUGAGCUGGAGACCUUCAGACUACAGGCUGGCAAACUGGACCUGUCUGGCUCCACCAUCCUCACUAACCCCCCUCUCUGCCAUCUGACCAACGGGGUGGGCCUCACCGGAGAUGUGGCAGCAACUCUACGGAUGGGGGCCACCCCUCACGCUGCGGGUCUCACACGCUCCCCCACCGUAAAGCACCGUGAGCUGCCCACCAUCAGCCUGACCAAGUCCUCCAGCACCCCCAAGUCUGCCUCUGAUACCACCCACCUCUCCCCCAAGUCAGCCGAGUCCCACCACAGCCCCCACCACAGCCCCCACCACAGCCCCCACCACAGCCGACGCAGGACCAGCCCCACGCCACACGAGGUUGACACGGCCAGUGAAGUGGAGGAGCUGGACAUCGAUGUAUCCCCAGCGCCUUACACAGCUCUCAGGGGAGCCUCCCAGCUACAGGUGUUCAUUGCCAGAUACAGCUAUAACCCUUACGAUGGUCCCAAUGAUAACCCGGAGGUGGAGCUGCCUCUCACCGCUGGGGAGUACAUCUAUGUUUAUGGCGGUAUGGAUGACGACGGCUUCUAUGAAGGAGAGCUGAUGGACGGGCGAAGAGGGCUGGUCCCCUCCAACUUUGUGGAGCGUGUCUCAGACGACGACAUGAUAAGCGCCCACGUUCCAGAGGGCACAGAUAUAUCCCACAACUCCCUGCUGGACAGCAGCCUGCACAGCGCCAGUCACCAGCACCACCUCUGCCUUGGGGGCCCAGGUACCUCUGAGAGGACAGACCCUACGCCAGCAGCCUCGGUCCCGGUUUCUCUCUCCGUCCCCUCAGGGGAGCAGUUCCCCUCGGAUCCAUCCCUCCCAGCCCCCCUCACCAACGGCCUGGAUCUGGACCUAGAGGUGGGCACUGUGCCUUACCCGCGCAAGCUCACCCUCAUCAAGCAGCUGGCCAAGAGCAUCAUCAUCAGCUGGGACGGACCGCUGGUGCCGGCGGGCUGGGGCAACGUGUGGAGCUACAAUGUAUACGUGGACCAGGAGCUGAAGCUCAACGUGCCCUUCGGCUCCCAGACUAAAGCUGUCCUAGAGAGACUAGACGUCACCCUCAAGGCCUACCGGGUGUCUGUGCAGAGCCUGACGGAGCGCGGCAACUCGGACCAGCUCCGUUGCUCAUUACUGGUGGGCAGGGACGUGUGUGUGGCGCCCACCCAGCUCAGAGUCGACCGGGUCACCGCCACCUCGGCCAGCCUGGCCUGGCUGCCGAGCAACAGUAACUAUGUGCAUGUUGUGUCCUUGAAUGAGGAGGAGAUGGAACUGGUGAAGGCUGGCAGCUACUCACUGUGCCUCGGUAACCUCACGCCCAGCCUUCAGUACACAGUCAAGGUGGAGGCUCAGCCGCACCAAACCCCCUGGGAGAUUCCCCAGGAGAGACGGGAACACAAGACCGCCACCACCACCUUCACCACGUUGGCCGCAGGCCCCCCAGACGCUCCUCUAGGCGUGCAGCUGGAGCAGGGGCCGUCCCCGGGAAUCGCCCUCAUCAGCUGGCUGCCUGUCACCAUCGAUGCUGCUGGGACCUCCAACGGGGUCCGCGUCACCGGAUACACAAUCUACGCUGACAAGAGAAAGGUGUUGGAGGUGUCAUCCCCAACAGCGGGCAGUGCCCUGAUGGGCCCGUCUCAGAUCCAGUCCCUGAUGGCAGCCCACGAGCUCACUGUGCGCACCAUGUCUGCCCAUGGGGAGUCCAUCGACUCUGUGCCAGUCAACGUGCCCGCCAAGUUGUCCAACAUCAUGACCGGCCAGGCUUCGGCCGCCUCCUGUUCCUCGUCAACCCCCAUUCGUCAGUCAACCCCUGUCCACCAGUCGCCACCCUACCAGUCACCCCCCAUUCACCAGUCAACCCCUAUCUACCAGUCACCCCCCAUUCGUCAGUCAACCCCUAUCUACCAGUCGCCACCCUACCAGUCACCCCCAGUGCAUCAGUCAACUCCUGUUCACCAGUCGCCCCCCUACCAGUCACCCCCAGUGCAUCAGUCAACUCCUGUCCACCAGUCUCCCCCCUACCAGUCACCCCCAGUGCAUCAGUCAACUCCUGUCCACCAGUCGCCCCCCUACCAGUCACCCCCAGUGCAUCAGUCAACUCCUGUCCACCAGUCGCCCCCCUACCAGUCACCCCCAGUGCAUCAGUCAACUCCUGUCCACCAGUCGCCCUCCUACCAGUCACCCCCAGUGCAUCAGUCAACUCCUGUCCGCCAGUCGCCCCCCUACCUGUCUUCGUCACCACCCGUCCAGCCCCAAUCCCCAUCUUACGGGAACUCAGCUGCCAAAGUGUCCACGCUGCCCUACGCCACUGCCUCGCCGCCACUAGACGUCGCCCACGCCAUGGGCCCUAACGGGGCCCUCCACACAGAGGCCUGCUCCCCACACCCUGCCUCGUACGCGGAGGUCUGGGCUAACCCCUUAGCAAAAUCUCCUGUCCCCCCUUGGGCUGCCUUGGCAGUGCUUGAGGCUGUGUCAUCUCCAGUAGCACUAAACUAUCAGGCCAAGUCACCAUCAGUACCGUCAGCCUAUCAGGCCAUGCUACCAUCAGCUUCUCACAUCACCACAACGAGCCCACAUCUAGGCCCAGCAGCGGCCACGGAGCAGAGAAGAGCAGACACAGAUCGCCCCAGAGUUCCCCGUCCUGUCAUGUCCAUCACAGACUUUCUCCCUGUGGAGGACGACUCCCGUGUCAACCUUUCAACCCCUGAGCCCUACCCCACCCCGCCCAAGGCCCUUGUGCCACCCGCUGGGGACCUCACCAACCCCCUGGACACACAGCCUCUUCGGCCCCCCAGAGCCCCCUCUCCCCUGGAGUCAGAACCAGACUACUCCAUGGAGAGGCCGACCACACGCUUGGUGUCCAUGGAGGAGUUCCUCAGUCAGGACCAGGACACAGGCUUCAACAGGCAGCAGCGGUAUACCGCCGGUCUGGUGGAGCCAGAGAGCAGUAGGGGAUCUGACCUGUCUGAUAUCCUGGAGGAAGAGGAGGAUGACCUCUACUCUGACCCCCCUGGAUCCGCCCUGGCCCGGGGGUACACCACCGGAGCCAACAGGGAGUCUGGCAGAAACCUGUCGAUGGAGGCUGGUGCUGGGUGGAGCGGACAGCCUGGACUAUCUCCUAAACUGACCAGGUCAGAGGUCAUACAUCAGCUCAAAGAGAGCAUGGAUCAUUCAUGGCCUAUAGGAGACAAUGAGGUGCGUAUCUUUGUGGCUCUGUUCCCCUACGACCCGGUCAACAUGUCUCCCAACCCCGACGCUGCUGAGGAAGAACUGCCCUUCAGAGAGGGACAAAUCAUCAAGAUCUACGGAGACAAAGACUUGGAUGGAUUCUACCGCGGCGAGUCGAGCGGUCGUCAUGGUUACGUGCCAUGUAACAUGGUGUCAGAGAUUCAGGUGGAGGACGAGGAGACCAGAGAGACACUCCUGCAGCAGGGCUUCCUGUCUACCGCAACAAACAUGGAGAAGAUAGGCACUCGCUCACAUGCACAGCUUCCGCGUCGCCCUGUCCCACCGCCGAAACCGAGACGAUCCAAGAAAGUGGAGGCUGCUGCGCUGUGGGAAGAUAGCUUAGACUCCUCCAGUCAAGAUCCCAGCCAAUCUGAUGUCGCCACGGCCAACCCGGUGGACACCGGUCCUCGCAGGAUGAAGGCCAUCUUUGAUUACGACCCUCGAGAGAGUUCUCCCAACGCUGACAUCGAGGUUGAGCUGACCUUUGGUGCCGGGGAUAUCAUCUAUGUGUUUGGUGACAUGGACGAUGAUGGGUUCUUCUAUGGUGACCUGAACGGACACAAAGGCCUGGUCCCGUCUAACUUCCUACAGGCUGCCCCAGAGGCUGCUGGGAAAGCUCCACCAUUUGACUCCCAGCCUCCGUCUGUAGCCGAGCUCAGGACAGAAUCGCAGGUGAGCCUGAGCACAUUCCCAGAGGAGGUUCCACAUCCACCCCUCCACACAGGGCUGACUGGCCCAGUCCACACACAUCCACCCCUCCACACAGGGCUGACCGGCCCAGUCCACACACAUCCACCCCUCCACACAGGGCUGACCGGCCCAGUCCACACACAUCCACCCAUCCACACAGGGCUGACUGGCCCAGCCCACACACAUCCACCCCUCCACACAGGGCUGACUGGCCCAGUCCACACACAUCCACCCCUCCACACAGGGCUGACCGGCCCAGUCCACACACAUCCACCCAUCCACACAGGGCUGACUGGCCCAGCCCACACACAUCCACCCAUCCACACAGGGCUGACCGGCCCAGUCCACACAGACCACCAACACCUGGAUCCGUCCGCAGCAGCAGCCAUGAUAAAACCCUCCUCCACGGACCCUGUCCCAACCCCAAGGCAAGCCAGCCUCAGCACCUCUCCGCCCCACGUCCCAGCAGAAAGCCCCACACAGACAGACCAGACAGACGUCUCCCCACCGGGCAAGAAAAAUAAAAGCUUGUUCUCCAAAGGGAAGAAGCUUUUCAAGAAGCUGGGAUCCAGCAAGAAGGAUUGAAACUCGGGACAUUUAACCACUCAUUGCAGUUUUUGUUGAAAACAGUUUUAUAUCAUUAUCAGUCUUGGUUGUCUUGAACUAUGCUGUUAGUUUAGUUGUAAUAUUCAGUAACUGUGGAUACACUAAGAUAUUAUACAGCUGAAUACACCUCUUCGAUAUAAUACUAUUAGACCAGCUGGCAAUAUGUGGAGCGUAUUUUGUGUGUAUCUGAAAUGGCACCCUAUUCCCUAUAUAGUGCACUACUAUAGCACCCUAUUCCCUAUAUAGUGCACUACUAUAGCACCCUAUUCCCUAUUUAGUGCACUACUUUGGGAAUAGGGAGACAUUUCAGAUGCAACCAUUGCCGUAUAUUAGACGUGAUGGCAUCAAUUGAGAGCGUGUUAAUGAGCACGUUGAAGUAUUUCAGCUCCUAACCUGUUCUGUGCUUACAGACUUCCUCUGAAUACCCACUGAUUCUAUGAUAACCUUUAGUAGUCCAAUCUGUGAGGGGUUUCUCCUUCACCUUCAUCUGGCAGUAUUAUCUGGAAGGAUUUGAUCAGAUACUGAUGUUAAAAAUGGUGCUCUAGACUUUCAUUUAGACUCUCCAUCGUUGGCUUGGAGAGGCCCCAUGCAUCAUGUCCAGGCUACGCUCCAACCACUGUCAGUUUAAACUGAGAGGACGGGCUUGGAGAGGCCCAUGCAUCAUGUCCAGGUUACGCUCCAACCACUGUCAGUUUAAACUGAGAGGACGGGCUUGGAGAGGCCCAUGCAUCAUGUCCAGGUUACGCUCCAACCACUGUCAGUUUAAACUGAGAGGAUGGGCUUGGAGAGGCCCAUGCAUCAUGUCCAGGCUAUGCUCCAACCACUGUCAGUUUAAACUGAGAGGACAGGCUUGGAGAGGCCCCAUGCAUCAUGUCCAGGUUACGCUCCAACCACUGUCAGUUUAAACUGAGAGGACGGGUUUGGAGAGGCCCCAUGUCCAGGUUACGCUCCAACCACUGUCAGUUUAAACUAAGAGGACAGGCUUGGAGAAGCCCCAUGUCCAGGCCACGCUCCAACCACUGUCAGUUUAAACUGAGAGGACGGGCUUGGAGAGGCCCAUGCAUCAUGUCCAGGUUACGCUCCAACCACUGUCAGUUUAAACUGAGAGGACAGGCUUGGAGAGGCAUCAUGUCCAGGUUACGCUCCAACCACUGUCAGUUUAAACUGAGAGGACAGGCUUGGAGAGGCAUCAUGUCCUGGCUAUGCUCCAACCACUGUCAGUUUAAACUGAGAGGACGGGCUUGGAGAGGCCCAUGCAUCAUGUCCAGGUUACGCUCCAACCACUGUCAGUUUAAACUAAGAGGACAGGCUUGGAGAGGCCCCAUGUCCAGGCCACGCUCCAACCACUGUCAGUUUAAACUGAGAGGACGGAAGAGGGUCCCUUCAUCUGUCGACUGUUGUCUCUCAACCCUGUCACUUUUCAGAUUGAUCUGGAAUGUAUUCUAUAAUGGAUGUAUUUUAACAUCAGUGAGUCUCAUAUCAAAAGUAUUAUAACUAGCUAACUAUAUAACAACAACAACAAAAACAUAUGCUAAUUGUACACUUUGAGUCUUUCACUUGUUGUGAAGAUUUCACUACACAGUAUAGCUGAAUGGAAGUUGUUCCUUUGAACAACAACUGCUUCCCUUUCAUUACGAUUGAUAACUAACAAGUCAUUUCUUUUAGAGGCUGGUGAAGUUUGGGAACGUUUGAUAUUUAGUGUGUUUCUGUGACGAGUGUGAGGAUGGACAGGCCUUGUGGUCUUCUAAAGUGUGUGUGUAGACGGAGCCAGACUGAAACUUGUCUAUGCCUUGACACAGAACUCAUACUCAUAAGUGUGUGUGUGUGUGUGUGUGUGUGUGAUCAUGAUCAUUUCCUGUCACUGUACUGUCAUAGUAUAGUGUCAUCUUACAGGGUACUUGUUCCUCUGUCUGUCUCCUUUUUUAUGUAGUUGUCUGUUUUUAGGAGUGUUGUAAAGGACAAUGAACAAGACUAGCAACUCUCAACAGCAUUUAGAAGCAUUCACUGUCUGCCACCGUGGUUAUCCAGCCAACCCAUGUACAUUAGCUGCGUCGUAUGGUUAAUCCCACCGUUCCAUCUGGUAUAAUAUAUGCAGAAAAAGCUUUCUGAAGGUGUCCAAAUUAUAGAUGCUGUUUGAUACGUUUGUUUUAUUAGUUUAUUUUAGUUUGUUGUGUCGAGUUACAUUUGAAUCAUUUCUCAGGUAAAAACUAGUCUUAGUCACUCGGCUCCGUCUGUGUCGAGCCACCUUGUCUCACUUAAGAGGAAGAUUCUUGCCAAAAGACAUGAGGUGCUUUGUCUGUUACCAUAAUGAGGAGACCAAGCAUCAAACACCAGGGGUUAUGGCAGCGGGCCAAAAUAGAGCAUACAACAGAGGUAUUUUCUACCUGAUAACAGGUCUGUUCUAUAGCCCACAGUUCAUUCUGCAAUAUUCUGAACGAUGCUUGCAACCCAUUGGAUUAGCCCCAGCAGAGGGCGGAGUCUACGCACACCUGACUCCAGACAUUGGAGGAGUCAAAUCUGUUUAUUUUUUUUUUUAUAUUCUGAAUGUUUUGUUUAGUUGUUUUUAUUUUUAAUUGUAUAGUUCAGUGUUAUCAAUUAAAAGGGAGAAUAACGAAUAGCAGAACGAACACGCCAAGUAUGAAGGAAGUGUUGAUGAGGAGGAGGAGGAGGAGGAGGAGGAGGAGACGACAGCUGUUUCACCACUCGAAUAAUCCUGGAUAGAAGCCGGAAUGAUGAGGUAGCUGUAGUGUACUGUAUGUGUUGAGGUGGUACUUUUAAAGUGGCUGAAAAUGUACAGUGGAUAAUUUGAUUUCCUUCACGGCCUUUUUUUUAAUUAAUGUACUUCUCUGCUCUAAUCUGUAGUCAGAAAGCUACUAGCAUAAAUUAUUAUUGCAAGCUUUAGGAAUGAGCUACUACUACUGCUACAACUGGCCCCCGUCUGCCUCUACAUAGGCUACAUCUAAUCUUCUCCAGCGUUCCUAUAGGACUUCUUAACCCUUAGCAAGCAUUUUAGACAACAGUUUAUACAUUAUACUAUUUAGCCUUACAAGACCUUGCUUAGUCUUGAUACACUGUUUACACUACUUUGAAUACUGACUGCAUGCAUAACAACAACUUUACCCCAUAUUCUGCCUUAUUUAUUAUCCUCAUAUUUAUCUAUUUAUGUACAGGUCUCACGUCACUUGUUGUGCAACAUUUUAGUCGUCUGAUUUGGUUGUCGACGCAGUGGAAGCCAAGUGUGGAGUGGAGUGGAAGUGUGGAGUGGUGUGGAGUGGAGUGGAAGUGUGGAGUGGAGUGGAAGUGUGGAGUGGAGUGGAAGUGUGGAGUGGAGUGGAAGUGUGGAGUGGAGUGGAAGUGUGGAGUGGAAGUGUGGAGUGGAGUGGAAGUGUGGAGUGGAGUGGAAGUGUGGAGUGGAGUGGAAGUGUGGAGUGGAGUGGAAGUGUGGAGUAUUAUGGCGUUUCAGGAGUAGGUCUGUAUGUAUCUAUUUAUGUAAAGCUGUACGUGAAUGUAAGCCAGGCACUAUGGGGGGCUUUGGACUAUAAGGUAUGAAACAGAGAAGGGAAUUUUUGUUGUUGUCUUUCCUAACCUCUACGUAUGCUUUCUUUUGAAAACAAUGGACGAUUUACCUUUUUGUAUAUUAAGGUUUUCAUUGCCCUGUUUUGGGAAAGCUCACCUGUAAAUAUGUUUUUGUUCAUGUUGUUUUUCCGGUGUCUUUUUGCAUGUGGAUGCAGUGUUGUUGAUUGAGGAACGAUAAGUCAGACGUAGUGCACAGAGGAACGAUAAGUCAGACGUAGUGCACAGAGGGAUGAUAAGUCAGACGUAGCGCACAGAGGAACGAUAAGUCAGAUGUCGUGCACAGAGGGGACGAUAAGUCAGACGUAGUGCACAGAGGAACGAUAAGUCAGACGUAGUGCACAGAGGGAUGAUAAGUCAGACGUAGUGCACAGAGGAACGAUAAGUCAGACGUAGCGCACAGAGGAACGAUAAGUCAGACGUAGCGCACAGAGGAACGAUAAGUCAGAUGUCGUGCACAGAGGGGACGAUAAGUCAGAUGUCGUGCACAGAGGGGACGAUAAGUCAGACGUAGUGCACAGAGUGACGAUAAGUCAGACGUAGUGCACAGAGGGACGAUAAGUCAGACGUCGUGCACAGAGGAACGAUAAGUCAGAUGUAGUGCACAGAGUGACGAUAAGUCAGACGUAGUGCACAGAGGGACGAUAAGUCAGACGUCGUGCACAGAGGGGACGAUAAGUCAGAUGUCGUGCACAGAAGGGACGAUAAGUCAGACGUAGUGCACAGAGGGACGAUAAGUCAGAUGUUGUGCACAGAGGGGACGAUAAGUCAGACGUAGUGCACAGAGGGACGAUAAGUCAGAUGUUGUGCACAGAGGGGACGAUAAGUCAGACGUAGUGCACAGAGGGAACGAUAAGCCAGACGUAGUGCACAGAGGGAUGAUAAGUCAGACGUAGUGCACAGAGGAACGAUAAGUCAGAUGUAGUGCACAGAGGAACGAUAAGUCAGACACAGAGGGAUGAUAAGUCAGACGAUAAGUCAGAUAAUAAGUUAGAUGUACUGCGCAGAGGAAAGAUAAGUCAGACGUAGUGCACAGAGGGAUGAUAAGUCAGAUGAUAAGUCAGACGUAGAGCGCAGAGGAUUUGUUUGACUUGAAAUUGUGGCGAUUUCUUUCAAUCUGGAUCUUUUUACAGGAAUAAAGUAUAUUUUCACAUAACAA